GCACGGCACGCGUGUUGUGGAUGUUCAGGACCGUGUCCCUCAAUAUGCUUCUGUCUGACCUUUUAACACGCAAGACCAAGUGUGAAAGAAGACACACAGUAGUAAAACCAAGCCAAGUCUGUUUGUCAAUACACUGUGUGGCCUGACUGAUCCAUCGGUGUUUAGCAGAACUCAUGCAAUCAAGAGGGGAACGCGGAGUCUAGCAGAGACGCUGGACCACAGGGACCAAAAGGGGAGUCUAGCAGAGACGCUGGACCACAGGGACCCAAAGUGUCCCCCUCGGAGGAUUGUGCUGCUGGGCAACCCUGGGAGUGGAGAGCCAUGCUGGAGAAGAGUGGAUAUGGAGGAGGGUACUACGAGUGGAAGAGAACAUGGGACACAAAGAGGGAGAUAAUGACAGGAACUGUAAGACUGGUAGUAUCAAAAAUCCUCGCAGUUGUCAAGGUAGUCGCAAAAAAAUCAGUAGGAGUCUUAACCCGAUUAAUAAACGACGCUGGAGUGCUAAAGGAAGUAGCGGUGGGAGGUGCUGUGGGAGCAGCAGGAGCAGCAGUAGUGGGAGGAUCAAGAGAAGUAGCAGUAGUAGCAUUAGCGAUAGCAGUGUGUACAGUGAAGGAGGCGAUAGGAGGAGCGAAAGGAGAAGCAGCCGUAAUAGGAGGAGCAGCAGGAGCAGGAGUAGGUGCGCUAGUAGGUUCUGUUGAAGGAGUAAUAGCAGGAGCAGUGGUGUCAGCCAUAGGCGCAGCACUAGGCGCAGUAGCAGUAGCAGUAUUACUGACAGGAGACGCAGCGAGACAAGAACUAGAGCGAUUUAUCAGAGGACCCGUUAGAGCUUUAUUGGGAGUAGCAUUAUUAGCAGUGUUAGCAGUAGCAGUGCUGAUAGCAGCAGCAGGGGCAGGAGCAGGAGCAGUACUAGGCGCAGCCGUAGGAACACUAGGAGGAGCAGGACCAAAAGGAGCAGCCAUAGCGGCAGCAGGGGCAGGAGCAGUAGCAGGAGCAGCAGGAGGCGUAGCAGGGACGGCACUAUGGGCAUUUUUAGGGUUCACAGGAGGACCAAUCGGAGCAGUAGUGGUAGCAGCAGCAGGAGCAGUGGCAGGGACAGGAGCAGCAGCAGGAGCGGCAGCAGGCGCGCUAGUCGGAUUCUUAGGAGGACCCAUAGAAGCGGAAGUGAUAGCCGUGGCGGUAGCGGUGGGACCCAACGCGGGGGUCAUAGUUGCGGUAGCAGGAGCUGGAUCGCUAACGGCAGCGUUAGUGGGAUUAGCCGUAGGGGAAGCGCUAGUGCGUUCCGUAGCAGGACCGAUAACGGUGCUAACGGUGCUAGCAGCGCUACCAGUAGGGUCAGGAUGUGCAGUAGCAGGAGCAGAAACAGUAGCAGGAGUAGCAGUCGGAUUCUUAAGAGGACCAAUAGGGGCAGCAAGAGGGGUGCUAGUAGGACUCUUAGCAGGACCAAUAGGAGCGGCAGCAUUUGUAGUAGCAGAGGCUAGGGCAGCAGUAGAAGCACUAGUAUGACCAGGAGGAGCAGGGGCAGCUCAAGGGCCGCAGUAGGAGCAUUGGUAUGACCAGGAGGAGCAGGAGCAGCUCUUCGGCAGCAGUAGGAGCACUAGUAUGACCAGGAGGAGCAGGAGCAGCUUAAGGGCAGCAGGAGGAGCACUAGUAUGUAGUCCCGUCACCUCAGUAAGGAGAAGGUUUGUUGGUCAAUGCCUACAGUAUGAGAAGAGAGGUUGUGGCCUACUUUGCUGUCAGUAUUAGCUGGUUUUGGGGAAACCAUGAACGUGUGUUCAUAGGCCUUCAACCUAACCAAUCUCCUAUUGUGGAGAAGGACUCGGGUGCUGAGCCCACUGGCGGACCGUCUUGUGGAGAGGAAAGCGAUCGCCUUGCCUCCAGUGCUGAACCCACCGGAGCUACCGGACCUCCCAAGGAUGACUGAGUUUACCUCCGGUGCUGAGCCCACCGACGGCCCGACCUGUGGAGAGGGAUGCAAUCGUUUUGACUCCGGUUCUGGACUCACUGGAGCUACCCGGUGACUGAGUUUACCUCUGGUGCUGAGCCCACACCGGCGGACCGCCCACCCUGCUGCCGCUGGUGUCACUGACUAGCUACACUGGCUAGAUCGAGGCAGCUGCUUGCCUCCCAUCUGCUCCUGGAAAUGGUCAUCGGCUUGUUCCACCGAGUGGCAUACACUUAGGCUGACACACACACACACACACACACACACUGGGUUUUCACCUUGAGCGACCGGCGAGUCGGACAUUCAUUGCAGCUGUUAUUGUCCUGCCAUUACUUGGAAAACAAAUUUCAAGUAUUUAAAAAAAAUUCAUUAAAAUGGUGGAUAGUGUUUUGAAACCAAAUUCUUCAUUUGUUCUUUCAGGUCUAUCUAGUUCAGACCUAUAGCCUACUGUCCUAACAGCAUGGUUUAAAUGACAUUUAUUUUUUCUCUAGGCUAGUGCAUUUUACAUUCUAAAUGAUCCAUUCCUUAUACAAGUCAACAAGAGGAAAGACAGCACGCAUGUCAGUGAGCUACUGGAGAAGAUCAAGGACAUGGUGGAGAAGAUUGAGGAGGAUUGUACGAUGAGAUAUGGGUGAGAAGAGGCGAGAAAAUGACAGAGGCAGCAACGGGGGCAUCACCAGGGGCAGCGAUAGGAGCAUUGGGAGCAGUAGGACGAGCAGUAGGCUCUGGAGGAGAAUUAGUAGCAUCCGUUCAAUCAUUCCCACAUCUAGUUGUAGGAUAAGGUGACCAGAUGUCCGAGACCAAAACCGGGGACAUAAUCCCAAAAGUGUGGAAAAUACAGGGACAUUUUCAGUUUGACUAUCAAUCUGAUUGAAAUACUUAUCUUCAAAAGACGGGGACAUACUGUAGGUAGUUUUCUGUAUUUUCCCGGGGACAGGCAACCAAAAACGAGGACUUUCCCCUGAAACCGAGGACGUCUAGUCACCCUAUUGUACUGUAGGAGCAGUAGGAGCUGCAAUAGUAGCAGCAGCAGCAGGAGCAGUGGGAGGUGCACUAGUGGAAUUCACAGGAGGAUCAAUCUGAACAGCCAUAAUUGGUGCAGCAGUAGGAGCAAUAGCAGGAGCCAAAGGAGCUGGAGGUGCAAUAGCCAGGAAAUUUGGUAAGGCACUGAACCCCAAGUUGGUCCGGUGACAUGAACCAUGAAAUAUAACUGACACAUGUACGUCGAUUUCUGUGCUUAUAUGAAUACAUGCCAAUGUAGAUGUAGAUUAAAUACUGGAAAGGUGUGCUAC